UUCUCUCCACCUGAAGCAUCGCCACACCCUGACGACAGGUACCUCUGCAACCGGAGCACACUCACCUGCACGCCUGCACGCCUGCCAUUAUUUGCGGCUUCUGUGGUUCACACUGGUAACAUCCCUAUUGUUGGAACAUAGUCUAAAAUCUACUGGGCUUUAGGAGCAUCUUGGGGGAAGACACAGCUGAGGAGGCAUCAUGUCGAUGGGAUUGGAGAUCGGAGGCAUUGCUCUGGGUGUCAUCGGAUGGAUCAUCGCCAUCGUGUGCUGCGCCCUGCCUAUGUGGAGGGUUUCUGCGUUCGUCGGGGCCAACAUCGUGACAGCGCAGACCAUCUGGGAGGGCCUGUGGAUGAACUGCGUGGUGCAGAGCACAGGCCAGAUGCAGUGCAAGGUCUACGACUCCAUGCUGGCGCUGGGCUCCGACUUGCAGGCGGCGCGCGCCAUGACCAUCAUCUCCAUUAUCCUCGGCGUCCUCGGACUGCUCAUCUCCAUCAUGGGCGCCAAGUGCACCAACUGCAUUGAGGACGAGGCCUCCAAGGCCAAGACCAUGAUCGUCUCCGGCAUCUUGUUCAUCAUCGCUGGCAUCCUGAUGCUCAUCCCCGUGUCGUGGUCGGCCGACCGCACCAUCAAGGACUUCUACAACCCUCUGGUGCCUGCUAGCACGCUCCGAGAGCUGGGUGCUGCCCUCUACAUUGGCUGGGCAGCAGCGGCACUUCUGAUUUUUGGCGGUGCAAUGCUGUGCUGCACCUGCCCUCCGCGAGAGAGGAGGUACAAGGCCCCGAAAAUGGCCUACACCAACCCCAACUCAGCAAGCGUGGGUGGGUACGACAGGAAGGAUUAUGUCUGAAAAACCAAACGUCUCACACAUCUGUUUAACUUCACUGUGGAAAUUGUUAUUGCACUGUUUUCAUUACUUUUGUGCUUUUGGAAGACAAAUACCAUACAAUUCUGAGGUCUGUAAAAUUUGUAUUUGUAACCCAUUCAUUGAUAAAUCAAUACUUUAUGUUAAUGUUUCUAUUAAGUAAUUCAAGUAAUUGUGAAAAACUGUUGAAAUUAAUGUGUAUUUUCAAGUGAACGUGUCCUUUGUCUUAAACAUACUGUUAAAUAGGAGUGGUGUGUUUUACAUAUAUUUGUUUAGGAAAAUCCUGACCUGGAAAAGACUCAAAACAAAACCCAAACAUCUCACAGAUACUGUUUGGUCUAUUCAUUUUUACUAGGAAUUGAAAAAUGUCAAGGUUGCCGUGGUGAUUAUUUAUAAGUAAUUAAUGUCAACAAAUGUCAAGAUUAGAUCAAACCAUUUAACUCUGCUACAUCUUAAAAUUAUAGACACACAUAAUAUUCAUUUUAUAACUUAUUACUUUUAUUUAUAUAAUGUUCUAGUAUAUCCAUUUAAAAUGUCUAUAACGAUAAUGCAUUGAUCCUUAUACAUUCAUGAACUGAUUAAAACAGAGGGCAAAGAGACCCAUCUAAAUUCAAAUUUUAGAAAUGUAUAUACAUUGGUCACUCACUAUUUUCAUUUGUUACUGUGUGUUACUUUGUUUUAUAGAAAUUUGUACUUAUGUGCAAAUAAAUGCCUACAUUUAAGAUAAGUUUUAUUCCUGAGGGCACAUAUUCUUAUUUAUCCAUUAUGGUUUAAGUCCUGUGACUUGACGUGUUGCUCACUUUAGCACACAAAACUGUCCAAUGUUUGCCAGAGGAGGUGGCCAUCACAGAGAGUGCCUUUGCAUUGUCACUGUGGAAGCCAAGAAGGAAGCACAGACAACAAAAAUACAGAACUCAGUGCUCAUCACAGGCCAACACCGGGUCAGAUUACAGAGUACUCAACAUUCAUUAUAUUUAUCGUCUUAGUGGCCAAAUGCAACGUCAAUGUGUAGACCAAAUGUAUUUUUUAACACAACAUAUGUUAAUUGAUUCUGAUAAAUAGCCUUUUGUGUUUCAGAAAAACACAUUUCAACAUUUCAUCAUGGUUUGUCCAAAGCGACCAAUAUGUGUUUAUUGCCUGGCUGUUUUGUUUUUAUUAUUAUUUUGGAACUGAAACUAAAAAAGGACUUUACCUUGUACAUAUGGGUGUGAUAAAUAUUUUACUUGAUGAAUUAAAUGAAUAAAGACAAUUGAUCAAUUUUG